CGUACCUCACGAGUUCCGGAUAGAUAACGAUGAGGAGGAGGAGAUCUCUUCAACUCCACCAACACCCCAGAACUUCAUUCAUUUCCUGAAAGCUUUUAUCAGUGAAUGGAAGCGACGGAUCUGCCUUUAAUCGGGCAGAACACAGGAACGAGAGAGGCGCCCUUUUGUCACCGGGACCCUGGACACCCCCGGCACCCCUCCCCUGGUUUCACAAAACGAGGGAGAAGCAUGGUUCUGGUCUCAGGAUCCGGAGCGGGAGAUCGAGUCGUCACCACUGGGAACCACACCAGAACCUGCCCUCAAGACAGCCAUCACCAGUCCGAACAGUCGCUCGUUCGGGCUCGUCUGGACCUGGAGCGCUUGGAAGCGCUCGGAUCACAGAUUGGCCGGCAAAUCCCCCACCAGAUCCAACCGCCGCCUGCCGUUCAGGGGUCUCGCACCUCUUCAGAAACGCUCAGCACUUGUCGCCAGCCUCGCAGGCCUUCUCGUCGCAGGAACAGCGCGGGUUCCCCUUCUUCGGACGCGGCAGGAGGAGGACAGCGGUUCGGCGACAGCCAACCAGCGUCUGGAUGAGGCCGGCCGUCCAUUUCGGGACUAGCGGGGCAUACUGACUCGUGCUAGAGCCAGACUAGACUAGCCUCGUACAUACGUUGAUGACCUAAGGCCGCUACUUGCUUAGUCAGAGUUAUUGUAUCCUAUCAUGUGACCCAGGCGUGGCUUCCGGCUUCGUCUCACCGCAGGCAGGAGAGAGGCUUCACAAAGGAACAAUGAGGCUGGCGAGAGAAAGAGGCGCGUUUGCUGCCUG